UUUAUUGCAUUACAGAAAUAACACUGAGCCUCAGAAAGCAAUCAACAACCUGCUACACACCAACAAUUUAAUACAAAAUACUUUUUUUUUCAACACCACAACAAAAUCUGGAAUCUGCCACAUGCAGCAAAUACGGAGAAACACUAACUACAGUAGCGCACUGUCCAAAAAGGCAAACGUUUCGGCUUCUGGUUUUCACAUGAACUCAAAACCGACCUCCUCAUCGUGUCCUUUCCCUUUUAGUAAAGAGUGAAUUGAAUUGAACAGAUUCUUGUUUCUUUUUUUGUUUUGUUUUUCGAUUUUUGAGAAAAACCCUGCAAAGUUACCCAAAUUAGUUUUAUUACUUCUAAAAACAAAUGUAUUCUCCACUUAAAAGGGCCACAAAACGUCUCUCUGAAAAGGAAAACGUGACGACUCUGAGACGGUGGAAGUUACACACUGCUACCUCCCCCUGGGAGGCGCUCUACCUGCACUACCUUUUGCUCAAAUCAUGUCAAAAUGUCACUGAUGUUUUCACCAACGUCCUCUAGAUCAAAUCAUAUCCUGAACAAACCUCCUGAACUGGACCGAACCCCGGAAGAAAGGAGUGAAGAAGAAUGACUAAGAGAUGGAGAUAGGAAAAGGUGUGUGUUAGACCAUUAGACGAGACAAAGCAACGUUAAUGUAAUCGAGUAAGGAACUGACUGACAUUAUGAGGUAACUAUAGUGUGGAAAAAUCAAUGUGCUUCCUCUCGAGGGUGGAGGUUGAAGGAUUUAGAUUCAGGUAAUGUAAUAUGCGCAGGAUGACGAGCAAUGAGAUGCUCACGUUCUGAAUGCGACUUCUUCAAGCUGAGCUACGCAGGUCGAACAGCUUCCAUCCCAAAAGACCACCUGCUGUAUCAAAGGCAACGCAAAAUAGAUAAAAACAGUAGCUCCACUUUAUUGUCUUUAAGGCUCGGAUAUAUCGCUGGACUUCCGUUUAAAAAAAAUGAUGAAUAUGAGGUUUUAACGAAUGAAUUUACUACGAUGAAUAUGAGAUUUAGAAUAGAUUCAUAAUAAGAUUAAUAAUAACGUGCCCUUUUCUAUAUCAUAAAAACCAAACAAAAAUAUUGAGAAAUCUCAGAAAGCAAGUUACAGUUUAUAGACGUAGAAAAAAAUAGAAAGAGCAGGUUUAUUUAAAGCACCACAAAAGGUACAUCUUGUGUCAAUGUCCUGACUUGAAUCUCUUUAAGCAUGCUUUAGCUGGAUCAAAUCUAUGCAAAUCGUCAUAUCUGCUCUCUGCUGAUGGUCGUAUUCAAAAUGUUGUGACGUCAACAAGCGCCAGGCGGGCUGUUGCGCAUGCGCAGUCCGCUGCGGCUUCGGGCAGGGCGGCGAAGAGGAGGGAGAAGGAAGAGGAGGAGGAUCAUCAUCUUCAUCGUCAGCGCGCGCGGUGGUGAAUGAAGCAGAGGAGGGCACCGGAGAGGAGACGCGGCCCUGCUGUUUCUAUGGUGAAUGAAGAUGGCGGCGCCUGUGCUGAGCGGCCGGAGCGGAUCAGGGAGCAGCAGCAGCAGCCCGACCGCUGCUGCCAACACCACCACCACCAUCAGCAGCCGCCUUGCCUGCGCUCCGGAGCUCGAUUUCAGGUCCGGAAGCAGGAUGGACGAACUGAACCGACUCAUUCAGGAAUUCAGCAAGCACGACCAGCGCGAGUACGACGACCAGCGCGCGCUGGAGAUCCACACGGCCAAGGACUUCAUCUUCUCCAUGCUCGGCAUGGUGCAGAAGCUCGACCAGAAGUUGCCGGUUGCUAACGAGUACCUGCUUUUGUCCGGUGGAGUUCGCGAUGGUGUUGUGGACAUGGAUCUGGAUGAACUCGGAGCAUAUAACCGUGGCUCAGACUAUGACAUGGCCUUCACUUUGCUGGUGCCAGCGCUGAAGCUGCACGAUCGCAACCAACCUGUCACACUUGACAUGCGCCAUUCUGCACUCGGUCACUCGUGGCUGAGCCUGCGGUUGUUUGACGAAGGCACCAUUACACGCUGGAGGGACUGCUGCAUGAUGGCAGACCACAUAAACGGCACCACUAAUUACUUCUUUUCACCCACCCUGGUGGCUGAUUGGUUCCAGGAAGCAGUGGCGCUUGUGCUGGCCGAGGUGCAGCGCAAGCCGCAGAGAGGAAUGCCCAGAGUGGAACGUGUGGAGCGCCACAACACACUCCUCUCCAUGAUCCUUGGCGUAGGCAGCAGCCGUAUGCUGUAUGACAUUGUACCAGUGGUGUCAUUUAAAGGUUGGCCUGCGGUUGCUCAAAGUUGGCUGAUGGAGAACCACUUCUGGGAUGGGAAGAUCACAGAAGAGGAGGUUAUAAGUGGUUUCUAUUUGCUUCCUGCUUGCUCGGUUUCAGGUCGAAGGGAAAAUGAAUGGCGGCUCUCCUUCGCCCGCAGUGAGGUUCAGCUAAAGAAGUGUAUCUCGCCAGGCCUCAUGCAGGCAUACCAAGUCUGUAAAGCAAUUAUCGUGAAGAUGCUUGCUCAGCCUAUGGUUGUUGGGCCCUACCACUUGCGCAGCAUAAUGCUAUGGGCCUGUGAUCGACUGCCAGCAAACUACUUGGGGCAAGAAGACUUUGCCGCCCACUUUUUGUUGGGGCUCAUCGAUGACCUGCAGCACUGCCUGGUCAACAAGAGCUGCCCCAAUUAUUUCAUCCCGCAGUGCAACAUGAUGGAGCACCUGUGCGACGAGACAGCAAUAUUUCACGCCCGCAAACUCGCCCUGGUGCGCUCCGACCCGGCGGAACACCUCCGCGCUACCAUCGAGCAAGCUAAAAGCGCUAACCGCUUGACGCAAGAAAUGCAGAGGCGUGGAAGUUCCUCUGGCCUGCCUUCUCCGCAAAAUGACGCAACCUCCUCUGAUAACCAACAACCUGACGAUCGGCUAGCGAAAAAGCUCCAGCAGCUAGUCACAGAGAACCCAGGAAAGUCUAUUUCGGUGUUUAUCAACCCAGAUGAUGUCUCACGGCCGCACUUCCGUAUCGAUGAUAAGUUCUUCUAAAAACCCGAAAGCUCUUCCAUGCAGUCAGUGGAAGUACCGUGCAGAGUAAACCUGUCUGUUAUGCAGAGAUCCCGUGUCGAGUGUGUGGUGUGCUGGUGGAAAAGGUUCUCUGGGACAAAUGCUGAAUUAAAUUUGGGUCCAAGUAACAUUCUAAAGCCUUCUAGGAGCAACAAACUCUUAGUAAUUUUUUUCUGAGGUAUCACGGACAAAAGUGCUGUGCACAGCGUAAUGCUUUGUAUAUGAAAAUUACUUCUUUCUUUAUUUGGUUGCCAUGUUCAGGCAAGAAAUUGCUGCAGCAUCUGGAAAUACUGUAAACGUCUUCUACGUUAUUGAGAGCUGAAGAAGAUUUCUGUGUUUCCUAGCUGGUCCUUCGUAUGCUCUCUUUCCUGUUCAAUCUCUGUGUUUAUUUUACGGAUGAACAAAAAACAUCUUGUUACGCAAUGAUGGUAUGUCCGAACAAAAAGGUCAAAAGCUUUUUUUCUUUUUGUUUUAAAUCUGGCUAAUGAAGACGACACAAAAGACAACUUUAAGUGCAAUUAAUGAAAAGUACAAUUACAGCAAAGAGGCUUUUAUAUACUCUGUAUGUUUCUUUUUUUAAUGUUCGAGUCAAAAGGAUGCAACGGUAAUAUUUGUCUGCUGCGUAAAAAUCCCAAAGCAUCGCUGCUAUCAAAAAUGUAAGAAAUUUCAUUUUUCUAUAGUCAUUUAAUUUUUUUAUGAAAUCGCUGCCAAUAUUUACGACUAACCAUCAUAAUCAAUGAAAAUAUGCACAUCAUAAAACAUUUAUCCGAAAUAAUUUGAGCAAUUUGAAAAAUAUUCGAACCAUGACUUUACCACUAUUGUAAAAAAAAAAAAAAAAAAAAGUUGGGGUGGGGAUUUGGUAUUGUAUAUGAUUGUAUGUUUUUGCUGUUGUGAAGAAAAUAUGUUUUUUUUUUGUAAUUUUUCACAAAGUGUAUUGAAACUUGCACUUUGUGGCGAAAAGUGUGGCAGCAGCGGUUUAUAACCAUAGAAAUCUGAGGGGUGUGGCAACCUUAACGACAAUAUAGACUUAAACGAAAUAAAGUCAUCAUGCUUUUA